AUGGCUCUCUUCACACGCAAGGAGGAGAAACCGUCUGGCGGGGCCCACGCACCGACGAAAGCUCGACGGCCUCGUCGCUCCGAGCCGUACACGAUGCAUUCGCGGCCGACCUUUGGCCAGUGGCUCAAGCUCACGGGCCUGGAUAUCGCGACAAUGAUUGUCAUGGGUGCGGUUGGUCUGGGAGUCUACAUGGCGGACCCUGCUCCGUCGCGCUCCUUCGCCGUCACCUUCCAGGACGGGGAAAUCGUCUACCCCGAGUUCGCGUAUCCGCUCCGCGACGAAAUCAUCCCCAUCUGGCUCGCGGCCUUUCUUGCCGCCAUGGUUCCCAUCGCCGCCAUCCUGCUGGCGCAGAUCCGCGUCCGCUCCUUCUGGGACGCCAACAACGGCGUCGUCGGCCUGCUCUACUCCCUCAUCACGGCCGCCGUCUUCCAAGUGUUUCUCAAGUGGCUCGUCGGCGGGCUCCGCCCCCAUUUCCUGGACGUCUGCAAGCCGGACGUGUCGAGGGCCAAGGCGCUCGCCGGGCUCAACGCAAAGGGCUACCAGCAACUGUACUUUACGCCCGACAUUUGCACGGGCGACCGCAAGGAGAUCAACGACAGCCUCGAGUCGUUCCCCAGCGGCCACACGACGGCCGCGUUUGCGGGGUUCGUCUACCUGUCGCUGUACCUGAACGCCAAGCUCAAGGUGUUUUCCAACUACCACCCCGCCAUGUGGAAGCUGAUCCUGGUGUACGCGCCCGUCUUGGGGGCGGCGUUGAUCGGGGGGGCCCUGACGAUUGACGAGUACCACAACUGGUACGACGUGGUGGCGGGAGCCGUCAUCGGCACCGUCAUGGCGUUUUCGGCGUACAGAAUGACGUACGCGGCGAUAUUCGACUGGCGAUAUAACCACGUCCCGCUCAACCGGGGGUCCGCGUUUGGCUUCGGCAGCGGCCGUGACGACGGGGUGGAUGCUGUGUUUACGAGGAGGGCAGGGUGGGGUCAGGGCCGCGUCGUUGGAGAGAAGGGGCACGUCGGGAACGGCGUCGAUGGGCACAAUCAUCAACAGGGUGCCGAUACCACCGGGCCGUCGAUUCCGCGACGGGCAGUUGGUGGGCGCGGAGACGACAUGGUCUAA